GGGCAAUGAAACACCUUUCUAAGUAAAUAAAUAAAUGUUUACUGAUAAACUUUGACGCAUGCGUAUGUAUACUAUACAUUGUUGCCUGAGAGAAUGGAGAAAUAAAAAUAAAAAUAUAUAUAUAUAUAUAUAUAUAUUAAAGAGACAAAAAUGUCUGAUAGGAAAGAACACAUAUACUGAUUGUGAGUAAUAUAGACGAAAUACGAAACGAUGCAAGAGAUUGUACUGCGCAAACGCGUCAAUUCUUUUGACAGCAACCGCUUGUAUAUUUAAAGAGGUUUCGCCAUUAUAAAAUGUCAGUAAUACACGGAAUUUGUUACACGAUGGUAAGCUUUCUUAUCGGUACCAUCACUGCUUCGUGCAUAUAAAACCUUAAAGGGGAAACGUUGUAUUGUGGAAAAGAACAAAUAAGAAAGAAAGACAACAAAAAAUAACUGAAAGUUAUGCUACUUAAAAUCAAACAAUUUCAACUGCAUAAGCACCGACGAAUUAAGAUCCACACAAGCGUUAAUGAAUUUAAAUAACGAUCUAUUUUCAGAGUCACAAGGCUAAGGUUUAAAAAAGGUAUUAAUAAGAUAGAUGCAUGGAAGUCAUGUAUGCAACUUCUUAGUUAUUUUAAUAUUACUUCAUAUAUGUCUUCAUUUAUAUUACUUAAAACUUGAUCCCAGAAUAAAUAGUCCUGACAAUUGAGUUACGAAGAAUAAACGUAAGAGGAAAGGUAUCUGAGAUCUGCAAACAUUGAUCAUUUUAUUUAAAUCUUAUACUCUCUUCCUGAGGUUCAUCUCUUUUAAAAGAUUAUUCAUUUAACAAAUGCAUAUUCUGCGAAAAUUAUUUGGCAGAUACCUUCUUAUUACGAAUACUGUUAGCUGCGGUUUGAUGAUGGCAGCUGGAGAUUUGAUACAACAACGUAGAGAACAUUGGAAAAAGUAUCGUUACGAAAAUUAUUUUUCAAGUGGUGGAACUGCUCGCGUGAUUGCAGCAUCCCCAGAGGAAGAUACAAUAUUAGAAGAAGAGAAAAAAAAGGCUACGGAUGUUGCGACUUUAUACGAACACAAUUACGUUCGAACGAGAAACAUGACAUUAGUAGGUCUGAUUCAAGGACCCUUUCAUCAUUGUUUCUAUGGUCUACUUGAAAAAAUAGCACCUGGAAAAAAAGCGAAAUCCAUUAUAAAAAAGACUUUUCUAGAUCAAUUAAUCGCUAGUCCUACGUGUCUUAUUAUAUUUUUCGGUGGUCUUGGUCUAAUGGAACGAGACAAAGUCGAAGAAGCUUAUAGAGAAAUUAAAGUGAAGUUGAUAGAAGCUUGGAAAGUUGACUGCUGUUUCUGGCCUCCGGCUCAAUGUGUAAACUUUAUGUUCAUUCCUUUACAAUAUCGAGUACUUUACAUAAACGUUAUGACUAUGGUGUACGACGUUUUUCUAUCGUACAUUAAAUACGAUGCUCACAAUGAUUGACGAGAAACUGUAUAUAGUAUUAAUUAUAAAAAUAGAUAUUUUACACAUAUAAAUAUGUAUAUAAG